CCACCACCACCAUGGCGGCGGCGCGUGUGCUGUCCGGCCCCGAGCUUCACUCCACAUAACAGCGAGGUUUUCUUUAUUUUUUUUAAAAAAAAAACCCUCCCUCCCGCCACUCAAAUAAUAAAUACUGUUCGGUAAAGCCUCUCUGAGAGAUGGAUGAAGUGCAUUUGGAGUUCCCGUCUUUACCGUCUUCCAGGGAAGACGUUGGGGAUUGGAUGUAUCCAAUGAGACGAGAAAUGCAGGAGAUCCUUCCUGGUUUAUAUCUAGGCCCUUAUUCUGCAGCUAUGAAAAGUAAGUUGCCUAUUCUUGAAGAAAAUGGAAUAACUCACAUAAUAUGUGUAAGGCAAGACAUCGAGGCAAACUUCAUCAAGGCAAACUUCCAAGAGAAGUUUAGGUAUUUAGUUUUGGAUAUUGCAGAUAAUCCAGUUGAAAAUAUUAUACGAUAUUUUCCCGUGACCAAAGAGUUUAUUGAUGGAUGCUUGCAAGGUGGAGGAAAGCUUCUUUUACAUGGAAAUGCAGGUAUUUCUCGAAGUGCUGCCUUGGUGAUAGCAUAUAUAAUGGAAACAUUUGGUCUUAAAUAUAGGGAUGCCUUUACAUAUGUUCAGGAGAGACGAUUUUGCAUUAAUCCAAAUGCUGGAUUUGUUCAUCAGUUACAGGAGUAUGAAGCCAUUUAUUUAGCAAAAUUGACCAUAAAGAUGAUGUCACCACUGCAACUAGGAAGAUCAGUUUCUGCACAAGGAACGUUGAAGAGGAUGCUAGAAGAUGAUGAUGAUAUUUCAAAUAUGCAGGUGGCUGCAGCCCAUGAUGGAUAAACUGUAACUGCCCAUUAUUUAUAAUGGACAUAUUUAACUGUACUGUAUUACACGUGGAACAAAAGGAGGAUGGAAAACAUUAAGAACAGAACUGUCGAUUUUAGGAUUAUGAAUACUACUUUCAACGGAAGAGAUUGAAGAAACUACAUGUCAAAAUUUACUUUUAUUUCUGUCCCUGAUUGACUCAGUAUUUCUGAGGAAGUAAUUCCGGUGCAGAAGAUAUGCCAUUCCUGGAAGCACCAGAAUCUGUUAUGAAAAAAAGAAUAUACUGAUUGUGACAGAAAAUCCUGAAUUUUUGAUGGAUUUACAAGUCUUCAAAUGCUAAUAAUUUUAAAUUUUUACCAAUUGCAGUUUUAUGACAGAUGUAUGCAUGUGCUGAGAGACCAUAAUGAAAACAAGGCACUUUUGAUACUUGAAUUUUGAUUGUAUGUGAGUUUGAUAGGGAAAAAAUGCACUGUGUGCUUGACAUCAGACCCAUACAAGCAAUUUAUGUUACAAAGUGUUAAAAUCUUUUUGAGUCUAAUUUAUUAAAGCUUUCAGUAAAGAUUUGCAUAAAA